AUGCUUGAGGCCUGGUACUUAGAUUUAGCAACAGUUUCGUCAGCAGCUACAAGUGAAUCGGGUGCUCCUCAGCCGCCCGUGCCUUCGAUUCAAUGCGCACGAGGUCAGUUCAACUGCCGAGACGGCGUUACGUGCAUACCAAGCGUGCUGACUUGUGACGGCGUUCCUGACUGUCCCAACGGACUCGACGAAAAGUGCGGGAGCGCCAACCGUUGCAAGGAUAAUGAAUUUCUCUGUGCGAGUGUCUCUCCCAGCUCGUGUAUCCCACGCUACGCUCUCUGUGACGGCAAGGAGGAUUGCUUGGGCGGUGCAGACGAAUUCCUCUGUCGUGAAUGCCCGCCAUUCCUUUGCCGAAACGGUGGUGUUUGCUCCUGGACGGUCCGAGAGCAGUACCCAUUGUGCCACUGUACCGAAGAAUACGAGGGCCGCCGAUGCCACAUCGACGCCAAAGCUGAGCUAGUGAAUAAACCACAGGAGCUCACAGAUGUCGGCUCAAACGGACCAAUCGUGACUGGUAUUCUUGUCCUCCUGGCUUUUGUACUAAUAGGAGCAGUGGUCGUGGUUGCAGUUUUACGAAGACGACGUGCUCGAAAGCUGAACACACCUAUGUCCAUUAAUAAUCCAUCUUACAGUGAGCCAGCUGAAGACACACAAACUUCCACCUGAGAGCGACGCUCCGUCAUCAAAACCGCACAAACAGCCAUCGUGGGUGACAUUCAAGGAAGAACAAUAAAGAUGAUGUGUUUUUCC